CGGAAGUGGUGGUUGCUAGGAGACCGGUAGGACGCCGGCCGCUGGGCCGGGGGCCCAGCCAUCAUGUCGGACAAGCGUCGCUCGCGUGCGGCAGCCCCCAUGGCGGCGGAGGAUGGGCUCCUGCUGCUGCAGAGCCAAGCGCUGGCCGAGGAGGAGGAGGCCAAGAUGAAGGGGGAGAUGCUCACCCGGUUCCUGAAGGACAAGCUGGCCAAGGAGGAGCGCAGCAGCACCCUGAACCUCCACAAGCUCAGGACGCAGUGGCGGACAGUGUUGCGGGAGGUCAAGGAUAAGGAGCUGCGCCAGGACAUCGAGAUCCUCAGCCAGACCUUUGCACGGGUGAUGGACUGCAAGGACAGCGUCAUCGAGUCCCUGGCCACAGACCUGGAGGAGGCGGAGGAGCAAUACGCCCAGGCCCUGCGCAGCCACCUGUACAACAUCGACCGCCUGCUGCAGCUCCAGCACUGCCGCCUGACGUGCCUGGAGGAGGGCUACGGCGCCCAGCUGGAGGCCCUGAAGAUGGAGUUAGAGGCUGAGAGAAGGACCAUCCUUGAGCAGCACGAGCGAGAAAGCUGCUAUCUGCGGGACGUGGCACUGGCCACAGAGCAGAAUUACGCCAAGAACAACCACGAGGCCACGCUGAAUUUCCAGAGUGCCCGUGAUGACAUCAAAUACAAGAGCCAGCAGGAGAAGCAGUACAGCCGCCUGCAGCUGGGCGGGAAGGUGGAGGUGCUCUGGGAGCAGUUCCAGCAGGCCAUGCAGAGCUACACGGAGGCCACCGAGCACCAGAAGAUCGCUUUUGAGGCGCUGAAACAGAAGGACAAGAAGAGCUCCAGGGAGAUAGAGAUGCAGGCGAAGAAGCUGCAAAAGCUCCAGGACUCGGUCACAGCCAUCAAGGGCCAGAUCGCGGCUCACCUCCGAGAGAGCGAAGAGCAGAACCGGCGUGCGCGGGAGGAGAAGGAAAGCGUCCUCAGGCAGCUCCAGGAGCUCAAGAGCGAGAUGAAGCAGGCCAGGGCUACGGCCCACGGCAGCCUGGCCAGGCUCACCACGCAGAGCAGCGCUGCCCUGAAGGCUCUGGCGCGGGUGGUGGAGAAGGUGAGGCCGGCAGCCUGCGGGCAGGGGAAGCACCGGGGGGGGGGGGUGCUGCCGUCCCCCCCCCGCCCUGCCCUCACUCGCACCCCCCCUUCCCAGGCCCAGCGCAUCCUGCGGCUGGCUGAGAUGUGCCGCAGGCUGGAGACGGAGGAGGAAAAGGUGCUGCCCUUCUACCCUUCCUCGCUGGCAGAGGGGGAGCAGCGAGACGCUCAGCAAGUCCUUGAGGAGACACCCACAGAGCCCUUGGCCCAGGCCAUGCGGGACUACGUGGGGCUGGAGCGCUUCUGGCAGCGGUUCAACAAGGUGAAGCUGGAAGAGCAGGCGCUGGAGCGGGAGCGGGCAGCCCUGAGCCAGAGGAACCGGCGCCUGCGGGAGCUGCUCAGGCAGUACCUGGCAGGGAUCUCCGUCAGCCAGGAGGUGCUCGGCGAGCCCAACCCGCUCCUCACCAUCGAGCGCAAGAACUGCAUCCCCAUGGACUUGCCCCGCGCUGAGGGGGACCGUGCACAAGGUCAUCAGGGCACCAAACACCCCGACAGCCUCUUGGAAGGGGAUGCCUGCCCAGACCCCAUCCACGGCUCCACAGGCACCAGCUGAGAAUCCCCUCCUUGCAGAUGAGGGCACCCUGCCUGGUGCUUGGGGACACCACAGGGACCGUGACUGCCCAGAGGUGCCAUAAAAGAGCUAAAA